CGGGAAAAAUAAAUAGACUUUUAUUACUUGCUCUCGAACAUUCAUUUUGUGUAUUUGUAUAGAGGAGAUCGAUUUAGACACCGAAGCAGUGGGAAUAGAUAAUUAAGCGCGCAGUGUGCGCGCAGCCAUCAAGACAGAGUGUUCUACGCAGAAUAGAUCGGAGAAAUCACCACCAUGUCAUCUUCAUUUGAUGAAUCGGUUUCAUCAACUCGUCCAUUUGAUGAUGAUAAUUACUUAGGUUAUGAUCCUCGUCUUCCUUCUCAACGGUUUGACUCAUUCAACGCUUCUACAAAUUUCACUGAUAACGAUUCUCUCAAAGAUGGUGGUGAUGAUAAUACAUCGUUGCCGAUCUUUAAUGAUGAUGAUGGUAUGUUUUCAUCUCAUCAUCAACCGAUUCCUGAUACUCCUUCUCCACAAGCACCGAUCUAUGGUUCUGGUUCUGGUUUCUCACCGUUUGAAUCUGAAUUGAAUGGUAAACAUCAUCUUGAUGUUGACGAUGAUGUUUUUGGCCAAUCUGAUGGUCCAGUUUUGCCACCACCUGAUCAGAUGCAGGAUGAAGGUUUCGCUCUUCGUGAGUGGAGAAGGGUGAAUGCUAUUCAGUUAGCAGAGAAAGAGAAAAAUGAGAAAGAAAUGUUGAAUCAAAUAAUAGAUGAAGCCGAUGAGUACAAAAUUGAGUUUUACAGAAAGAGGCAGGUCGCUAUGGAGAGCAACAAAUCCUUAAACAGGGAAAAAGAGAAGCUCUUUGUGGCCAAUCGAGACAAGUUCCAUUCUGAGGCUGACAAGAAUUACUGGAAGGCUAUUGCUGAGCUCGUCCCUAAUGAAGUCCCAGCUAUAGAGAAGAGGAGGGGGAAGAAGGACCAGGACAAGAAACCAUCAAUUGUUGUGGUUCAAGGGCCAAAGCCUGGUAAACCAACUGACCUCGCUAGGAUGCGACAGAUUUUAACGAAGCUCAAGCACAAUACACCUGCACACAUGAAGCCUCCACCACCAGGUGCUGAUAAAGAUGCUAAAACUGGAGCUGCUUCCAAAGACGCUAAAACUGGAGUUGCUGCUAAAGACGGGAAAACUGGACUGGCCACUGCUUCCUCUAAGGCUCCAGCUGUGACUACUGCCGCUGUAUCAGCUACAGCUUAAGAGCAAGAAAAAAUUGAAAUGGAGAGUGUUUAUUCUUGUUUUCAGGAAAAAGUGGCAUUUCGUGUAAUAUUGAUGAUGAUUUGGUUGAAGUUGAUAGAAGUAGUAACUAAAGCGUGAAUAUGGGAAUAAGGAGUUUUCUAUAAUCAUAUUUUUUACUUCAAGCGUA